AUGGAUAGACAAGCACUAGUCGGACUAUCUGGAGGGGAAACUCUCCGUGAGCUUCUCGCCUACCACAAUGUCAAGCACAUCUUCGGGUAUCCCGGUGGCGCGGCCCUCCCACUCUUUGAUGGUAUAUACGAGACAAGUUCCUUUCAAUUCAUCCACUCGCGCCACGAGCAAGGGGCCGGUCACAUGGCAGAGGGCUAUGCCCGCGCCAGCGGCAAGCCCGGUGUAGUGAUGGUCACCUCGGGGCCUGGAACCUCCAAUCUGGCGACACCUCUUCUGAAUGCUUUGAUGGACGGGACCCCACUAGUCACGAUCUGCGGACAAGUGAAGACCGCGGUCCAAGGCACUGGGGCUUUUCAAGAAAUAGAUGCAAUGGCGUUAGCCCAGCCUUGUACGAAAUGGAGCGCCUGUGUACAAAAUAUCAGUGAUCUGCCCGCAAUGGUAGAUGCUGCCUUCGACCAUGCAAUGGGCAAGCGAGCGGGACCAGUGCUCAUCGCAAUACCCAAAGAUGUUGGCAGCGCCACGUUUGAUAAGAUCGCAUUGAGCAAAUCUGCGUGGCCUAAUAGGAAGGACCAUGGCAGUAGUGAGGCAUCUAGUCCUGGUCCUCAUAGUCCCGCUCUUUCUUGCAGCACAGUGGACCUCGAUGAGAAGAUUGAUCGAAUUUCUGAUGUUAUCAACCGUUCCCAGCGUCCAGUCAUCUGCGCUGGAAAUGGGGUGAUUGCCAGUGAAAGUGGUUCUGAGCUACUUGCGGAAAUUGCGAGAAAGGCACACAUUCCUGUCGCCACCACACUUCUCGGGCUGGGGUGUUUUGACGAAGCUCAUCCUCUGUCUAUUGGGAUGAUGGGAACAUAUGGGUGUCCGUCAGCAAACUACGCCAUCCAGAAUGCUGACGUGGUUAUAGUGCUCGGUGCUCGGUUGGAUGAGCGAGCUGUGGGAGACGCUUCUGGCUUCGCACCGCAGGCACGAAAAAGUGCUCAUGAUGGUAAAGGAGGCAUUAUGCAGUUCGAAAUCGACUUGGAAAUAGUAGGAAAGGUUGUCAAGCCGACAGAGGUGAUUCAUGGAGAUUUAUCCGAGACACUCCCUACUCUCUUGUUGGGGCUGGUACAGCAAGGCCGGGAGAGAUGGCUAGAUCAGAUCCAUGGAUGGAAGAAACAGGACAGCCUCCACUUUCCUCUCCACCGUGACAACUCUGUUGCCCUUCCCCAGGAGGUGCUACUCGAACUCAAUCGGCAGACUUCACUGGUGAAGAAUUCUACUUUCAUAACCACAGGGGUCGGCCAGCACCAGAUGUGGGCGGCAAAGUACUGUCAAUGGCAAUAUCCCCGUUCCUUGGCCACAUCUGGCAGUCUGGGAACUAUGGGCUUUGGUCUCCCUGCCGCUAUAGGCGCGCAGAUCGCGCUCCCGGAUCACAUUGUGAUUGAUGUAGAUGGUGAUGCCUCUUUCUGCAUGACCAUGGAGGAGCUUCUGACUGCUUCGCAACACAAUACUCCCAUAAAAGUGAUCAUCCUCAACAACGAGAAGGAGGGAAUGAUUACACAGUUGCAGCAGGCAGAUUAUGGGGGGCGGGUUUGUCAUGAUCGGCCGCAUAAUCCGCAAUUCGUGGAGCUGGCCCAGAGUAUGGGCUGUCACGGGCGCCGCUGUCUUGAUCUGUGUGGUCUGAAGGAGAGUAUUGAGUGGUUGCUCCAGACUGAAGGGCCAGCAUUGUUAGAGAUUAGAAUCGCUGAUACCGAUAUGGUGCCGAUUGUGGCGGGUGGAAAGUCAUUGGAGGUGAUGAAGAUAGAUUGA